GGACAAUAACUCAAUGAGCCAAUGAGAAUGAAGAUUGCAGCGGCUGCGCGGUCCAGGAAGUUGUGCAGCGCGAAAAGUUUGAAUUGAUGCUGUUUUUAAUUUGAAUGCUGGUCAAAUCCUGUGCAGUCUAAGGUUUGGAUUUUUCCCAGCGUCUUCAUGGGGCGCAUCCUGAUAGUCUUCUGGUGUGUUUUUCACACGUCUCUUCACGUCUGUGUUGCAGUUACAGUGCCCCGGACUCCAGUGAUGUCACCUCCCGGCAGUGAUGUCACUCUCAGCUGCUCUUUCUCCUAUAAAGCGGGGGCUGAUCUCACCAGAGUGGUGGUUACCUGGCAACGCCCUGACUAUCGGGUGGUCCACAGUUUCUAUUACGGUCAGGACCAGCUGGCUCUGCAGAAUGAAACCUACAGGAAUCGGACCCAGCUGUUCCCAGAGCAGCUCAGUGUGGGGAACGCCUCCCUCAGACUGAAACAGGUGCGGGGGGAGGAUGAGGGCUGGUACACCUGCGCUGUCACCAACCAAGUGGAGAACACCAAGGGAGACGUGCAGCUCAUAGUGGCAGCUGAAUUCAGUGAGCCGCGCUUGACCAUGGACUUGGCGAUGCAGCCCGACUGGGUGGUGCUGAGAUUCAGUGCCUGGGGCGGGUAUCCCGCGGCGAGGGUGGAGUGGCUCAACGAGACCGGAGAGGGGAUCACCCAGCACAGCCACACCACUCAGUCCCUGGAGCCCAGUGGCCACUACAGCAUCUCCAGCAAGAUGGUCCUGCCCAGCUCUCUGGAGGCCAACUACACCUUUGUGCUGAUUCACAGAGUGCUGGAGCAGAGGCUGACCAGACCCCUGACUGUCACAGCAGCCAAGCACAGCACAGUUCCUCCUCUUGUAUUGGGAAUGCACCAAAGACAGUUUCGGAUCCUCCUAGUCGUGGCUCCAGUGAUGGUAUCCGCGCUGGCGGUGGUUUUGCUCUUCAUGACGAGAUGUCGACGGCAGCGCUGUGCUUCUGAACCGUCGACUCCCCUUACAGACCACAACAAACAAACAAGCAGCGUUCCUGAAAUCGUUUUGCAUGUACCAGUAGAUGAAGGGAGGCGGGCAGAUGAAAAAGACAGAAAUCACUACAUUUGUAAAAAAAAAAAAAAAAAAAAAAAUACUAUUUGUAAAUUUGUGUAAUUGACUUUUAUACAUUUUCUACUUCCAAUAAGAUGCGUGCAGCUGUAAGAAAUGUGUAAAGGUUGUAAUGUUGUUUUUAUUAUUAUUUUAUUUAUUUUUUCACCUCAUAUCGCGCUGCGGCUGCUGAAUUGAUGCAUUUUAUUCUGUCACCGACUUUGCGCUCGGUUCAGCCACGAGAUUGAUUGUCCACGGAUGGAAGGUAAUUGUGUAAAUAUUGUGUGAUUGUGUGUGCUUUUGUUAAAAAAAAAACAUAAUUAAAAAAUAAAUUACUUUGG